CUAAGAUUACCAUUUUCUCUAGUUUUUAUGCAUAUGACGGGGUGUCUUUUCGUACUUAAACCAAUCACGCUGACUCUGAUGGCGAAUGAUAUCAUCAAUGUGACAAAAUCUUCUGUACCGAAAUUACCAUUUCGUCUUGAAUACGGCGAGAAAUUCAAUCAAUAUAUAUAUCUGAUAACACUGCAUAGUUAUAUUGCCGUAUUCGCUCACACGUUCGCCACAGUCGCGGUUGAUGGCUUGUAUUAUAGUUUAAUUCAGCAUGCUUGUGCAAUGUUCUCAAUUAUUGGAAACACACUGGAGAACAUUGGCAAAAAUAAUGAGGAUAUUUUUUACACAAAACGAGCUAAGAUACAGGACAACAAUUACAGUAAAACUUUACAUUGUUUACGUAGACAUCCUCUUGUGAUAGAAUUUGCUGAACAUAUCGAAUCAUUAUUUACGAAAAUAUUUCUAAUUAAUCUUAACUUAAAUAUGAUCAUUGGAAGUUUAACUGGUAUACAAGUGUUAAUGAAUUUAGAUAAAAGCGCAAGGGACAUCGCUGGGCCAAUAACUAUGUAUCUUGCACAAUUCCUUCAUUUGUUUCUUCAUUUUUGGCAAGCUCAAUUUUUACUUGAUUACAGUAUCCUUCCAUAUAAAUCUAUCUGCAGAGCAAAUUGGUAUGAUGCUUCGCGCAGAUGUCAGAAACUUCUUCUCUUAAUUAUGAACAGAACAACGUCACCAUGUAAAAUCACAGCCGGUAAAAUAGUGAUUUUAUCUAUUGAAAGCUUCGCUACGGUAAGUGUAAAAUUGUAUUGUUAUGUCUACAAAUUAUACUGUUGUAAUUGUAGCUUAUCGAAGGAUUUUUUAUUUCUUAAAGGAUUAUGGCCAUAUCACAGACUUCGCGAUAGAUGUAUUCGCUUCGUGCCGUUAUUUGUGUUUAGCUUUACUAUUCUGAUACCUCAGAUACUUUAUUUACUAAUCGGCUCGAUCACUCUCGAUGACGUGUUUGAAUGUGUGCCACCAAUAUUCAUCAGUAUAACAUUCAGCUCUAAACUAUUGUUUAUAAUGUUAAAUAGCGAGAAAGUAAAGGCUUGUCUUAAUAUAAUACAAAAGGACUGGCAAUCAUUAAAUUCAGUAGAAAAAGUUAUUCUGGAACGGCAUAGUAAGUAUGGACAGCAUUUGGCGACAUUUUAUGCAGUUUUAAUGCAUACGACGGCGAGCCUUUUCGUGGUGAAACCAAUCAUGCUGACUCUGAUAGCGGAUGAUAUCAUUAAUAUAACAAAAUCUUCCAUUCCAUUCGAGUCGAGAUUACCCUUCCGCGUAGAAUACGGCAAGAAAUUUAAUCAGUAUAUAUAUCCAAUAGCAGUGCAUAGUUAUGUUGCCGUAAUUGCUCAUUCGUUUGCCACAGUCGUGGCUGAUGCUUUGUAUUAUACUCUCAUUCAACAUGCUUGUGGAAUGUUCUCCAUUAUUGGAAAUGUACUGGAAAACAUUGGAAAAAAUGACACGGACGAAUUUGACGCAAAAUCAGAUAAAAUUAAAGACGACAAUUAUUAUAAAACUUUACACUGUUUACGUAGACAUCUCGGUGUAAUAGAAUUUGCGGAACAUAUUGAAUCUGUGUAUACGAAGAUAUUUCUGAUAAAUCUUAACUUUAACAUGAUUAUUGGCAGUUUAUAUGGUAUACAAAUGUUGAUAAAUCUUGAUAAGGACGUGAAUGACAUCAUCGCACCUAUUAGUAUGUAUUUUGGACAACUUAUUCAUUUGUUUCUUCACUUCUGGCAAGGUCAAUUUCUAUUCGAUUACAGCAUCCUUCCAUAUGAAUCUAUCUGCAGGGCGAAUUGGUAUUAUACUUCGCAAAGAUGUCGAAAACUUCUGCUCUUAAUGAUGUAUAGAACAGUAAUACCUUGCAAAAUAACAGCUGGUAAACUAAUGAUUCUGUCCAUCGAUAAUUUUGCCAUGGUUGUGAAGACUUCUCUGUCUUAUCUCACCGUGUUUCGUUCUAUGCAAUGAUGAUUUGGCGCAUUUAAAUAUUUAUUGA